AUGCCCCCUUGCUGGCUGGGAGUAUCUCGCGUCUGUGGGCUCUUUCGACGGCUUCGUCCAAACCCCGAGGAGGCGCCCAGCCCUCCCGGAGAUGCAACGCUGCUGCCCACCUGUGGUGCCAGCGCACCGGGCAUUGAUCGCGCGGUGAAGGCGAACGUGGACUACUCCCGCUUCCAGCGACUGGUGGAUGCAGAGGAUGCCAAGGAGCAGGACGCGUGCCUCUCGGUGGCCGUCUGCGGGCGGCGGGGCUGGAACUCUGAGGUUGUCAACGGCAUAUACAAGCAGGAUGGCUGGCUCAACGGGCGUCCAAGGCUCCGCAAGCGCGACGGCACGCGAUGGUUGAAGUUCAACGACUCGAAGCAGUGGAUGAUUUCGAGGUUUUCUGAUGGCCGGCCGCUGGGCGAGGCCUUUGCUUCGGACGACUCCGAGGAGCCUAGUGGCAUCCGCGAGCUCUGGCAUGUCUGCUCCGAGGCCAAGACAUGGGAGGAGGAUGGCCAGAUCUCCGUGACCUCUGGGCAGUGCCAGGGAUGUGGCAAAUCCCUCCUGCGGGCCCUACGAUGUGGGCAAUGCCGGGCUGUCAGCUACUGCAGCAGCAGCUGCCAGAAGGCCGACUGGCGGUAUCACAAGAGGCAGGAACUGCUAUAUACCUGCCCAAGUAACUUGGCCAUGGAGCCAGGUCGUCAUUGCGAUGCCGGUGGGCCCGAAGAGGUGUUGACUUCACGUCAGAUUCCGACCCCUUGCGGGCCGGCAGCGCCCUCGCCAGCAACAUGCCGGCAAAGAUCCUCUCCGCUGCCGUCAGGAUCCAUUGGUCCGGGUUCCUGGGAGGAGAUUGACCUCAUGGUUUGGGCUCGGCGGCGGUUGGAGAUACUACUGGGAGGGCCCGAGGAGCUCGAGGGCCUCCCCGAGAUGCGAGUGCCCUGCGGGGACGUCGGCGGUCUGGAGGUCGUGGGCGUGAAGGAAGUGGAGGGCCUGGCCGCUGUGUGGCCGAAUUCAGGAGGUCUUCGACGGCAUCUCUUCGACCUCUCAUUUCAGGUGGUGUUCAAGGCGACGUGGCUGGGAGACUUCGGCCUCGUGUCCAUGGAGGGACUGGUGUUUUGCGAUGACUUUACCAGCAACCUGGUGAGCGAUCCGGAGGCGGCCUGUGGCAUGAUGGUGGACUUCGCCCACAGCGUUGACUCCUUUCUGGAGGAGGAGACAUGUGCCCUUCAAAGGCAGUCAAUGCUUGCCAACUCGUCGGAAGCGGUCGGCUCGGAGGGGGUGGCUGCAGCCGUCGCGGCAGGCUCCCCAGCAAACACCUACAGCCAAUGCUUUUGUGGAUCCGAAGGCUCUUUCACGUCUGUCAAGCACCCAAGUUCGAGCAACACCAUCUCCGGGUGCACGUACAAGGCUAACAAUGACUUGAAGGCUUACGCUUGGUUUCACGAGGGCACAGGUUGCAGUGGAAGCAAUUGGCGAACUCCUUGGGCUCCAGCCGAGCAAAGCGGCGUUCAUGGUUCCAACCUAGAUGGUCACAGGCGUCGGCAUUUCAACGACAAGACCUCCUCCGUCGAGGUUUGUGUGGAUUCCAGAAGCGGCGUACUGGCAGCCGCGAACCUUUUCACAGACUACAGCUACGGAGGACGGAGGUUGUCUUUGAUCUGCGAUCCGACCCACUUCAUGUCCCAGACAAGCAAAGAGUGCGCUGUUCCAAGUCCAGACCAGGUAGGUUUUGGCAGCACAGAUGGAGACCCCCUCUCCAUCGUCACGUGGACCGUCGGCACUGGCGUUUCGGUAGCGCUGAAUACCGGCCUGUCGGUGCUUGCCGCUGGCGCUCUUACAGUUGCCACAAUUAAACUGGCUGUGUUGGCUGCAGCUUUCGGUGGAGCGUUGGUGGUCGUCCUUGGAGCCAUAGCCUUGGCAGCUGUGGUUAUCUGGAAUGCGGCCAAUGAUGAAACGCGCUACUGCUGCUCCUGGAAUCUGAACGGCGAACUAUCGGGCUUCGAUAACAAGAUCUCUUCCUUCAUCGUCUUUCCUGUCUCUGUGCCCAUGCGAAUGGAGAACAAGGACAGCCGGUGGUGCCUCACAGCCGCAGGCAGCUCGUCGCGCAGUGCCAAUGGUAAUACGUGGGCUGCCAACGCAGUCUAUGAAGCUAGUUGCUCAGGCACAGACAGAGAGAAGUGGUACUUUUCUGAGGAUGGCCAGAUGAUCAAUUUUGACUCUGGCCUUUGCCUUGACGAAAGCCUUGGGGGCUCGUUCCCAGUGAAUGAUGUCUACGAGUACCGCUGCACCGGAAACGACAAUCAAAAAUGGGAACGACUCAGUGACGGUCGCUUCAGAAACAUCCAAACCCGCCGCUGCUUGGAUGCAAGUCGUGGGGGUCAGUUUUCGAGGCCAAGAGUGGCCAUGCAGAAGAGCAUCAGCCUCCGGCAGUCCCGUGAGAUCAAGGAAGCCGUUGGUGCCAAUGCUUGGGCUGUGAAUCAAGGAAUUGGCCUCAUGCACUUGGUACACCUGCGGCUCAGACGCUUUGCCUCUGAGAUAGAGGCGAAAUGA